GGGAAAGGUAAUUUGCUAGUUAACGAUAGAUCAGAGCGUUUAGGACCUGGGAGUGUUUUCUUUGUAGGUGCCAAUGUAUCUUAUGUAGUAGAAUUAACAGAAGAUUGUGAAAGACUUGAUUUAUAUCGCGCGUUUUGCUCGUUGAAUCAAG